AUGAGUCCAUUUCAGCCUGACUCUACGGGUGGGGAUCUUAUCUCUCCAUUCCUGGAGAUUGACGGCUUGGCACUCGAUACCGGCGAACCGAACGCCUCUGGACCUGGAUUAACGGAGCCUUACAAUAAUCUACAACAGAAUGAUUCUUUGGAACUGAACUUUGACGACCUGUGGUCUGCGGAUUUUGUUCAAGUCCCUCCCGAUGCAGACGUCACUGAUCUCAGCCAGACUCCCGUGGACUGGUACCAACUCCAACACUCUGAGAUUCCUCAACAUUUUGCAAUACUACAAGAUGAAGUGCCACAGAAUGCAUCUGAAAGUCCAAGUCGUGGACUUGAGGAUGUUUUGAGACAUAAUCGCGAAUCUCCAGCGUUAAGUUCACCUAACAUCCUAACGCCAGUAUCUACCGCGUUACCCCCCAAGAUAGGCCAUAGAUUUACUCUUGAGGCUCUUCGCGCAUUGAAAGACUGGUUCUCAAGACAUAGUGAGAACCCAUACCCAACAGAAGAAGAGAAGGUUAUGUUGGAGCAACAGACUGGAUUGAGUCGUAUCCAGGUGACCAAUUGGCUUGCGAACUCUCGCCGACGUCGACCUACUACGGAGAGCGCUAUCCAGACGGCGUCGGCAAUAGCUACGCCAACACGAGCGGGAACACCAAUCCCACGAAGACCACAAACUGAGCGAGAUAUGCAUCCCCUUCAGCGAUGGGUUGACUCACCUCCAGAAAACGAACCUGCUGCUGUGUCUGCGAUUGCUCGUGCUAUGGCUUCAGGCGAUUUGGAAGUCGCAGAGGCACCUUUUCCAAUGAUGAAAAAUUACCUCGACGACGUCGCCACAGAUCCAUUACAAGCAGUCUUGGUACAUCAAGGAGUGCUUCAAGUGAUUCAAGGUCGUCUCGAGGCUCAAUCAGCGGGGCUUCAUCUCAAAGCCGUGGCCGUUCUAUACAGAAGAGACGGCCACAAAAGACAUCUCUAA